CCCCACUCAUAUUUUGAAAUUCGAAUAACCACUAUAGAUCUCCAUUUUAAAUCUUAGCAGCCAACCUAACCAUUAAUGGAGCCCAAUAACAAAAGGACUGCCAAUUCAGUGGAGCCCAAUUAUGAUCAUGAAAUUAUUAUAUAAUAAAUCAUAAAUUUAUACUUUUCUUCUAUUAAAGUCAUAGAUCAUAUAGUGCAUACCAUGUUUUAGAGUUUGAUUCGGCCAAUUAUAAUCUGAUGAUAUAAAUCCAUACCGUUCAAAUACCUGAUCACAUCGAUGGCCCAGAUCUGAUAUUGCAAGAUAUCUAUCAAUCAUGAAAAAUAGAAGUGACCAUUUUCAAUGGGACUAUACUUUGUGUUCAAACAAUGGAAUAUGAUUAUGAGUAAAAGUGGCAUUAAAGUCAAUUAACCAAUCCAAAAAACUAACAACCAAGGGAUUAAAUGAUUUUUAAUUUUAAAAAUAUAUGAUUUCUAAUUCACUGUUUUUUUCUUUUCUCUCUUACAUUCAUUAUUUUACUGUAGUUUUUUUUAAUGGAUUAUUUUGCUGUAGUUAAAAUAUGUUUAGGCAAAAAAAGAAAGGUGAGAUAAGAUUUUUGUAAUUAAUAUUAUUACAAACUUCAUAAAUAGUCCAAUUUAGUGUUUAUUAUUAUUAUUAUUUUUUUUUUUUUGCUAAAUAGUGUUUUAUUAGUUAUUAUUGUAUCUGUGUAGAUAAUAAUCAUUUAUUAAUAAAGACACGUCACGAAUUUUAUGAGAAUUGUUAAAGAGUAUUAGUGGUGUUUAACACAUUUUUUAUGUGUUAAUAUCGCUAUUAGUCUAAGUAUCAUGUCUCAUAUAGUUUAAUAUUAUAACUUUUUAAGAAGUGUCGCUAAAAGCAUCUCCAAUGGUAAAACUUUAAAAGAUGCUUGUGAGGUAGAUAUAUUAUCUGGCAAAAUAUUGAGAUGCUAUACCAUUGAAGAGAAAAGAAUGUCAUUCUAAAAAUUUGCAUGGACACUAUGUUGUAGCAUUGAUGCUAUUUAUUUAUUUUUUUAAGAAAAAAUGAAGCUAAAAAAUUAUUGUAGCUAAAAAUUAAGAUAUAUAUUAAAUAAUAAUGUGUGAGAUCAUAAUUAUAAUAUUUUAAAGAGUGUAUUUAGAAGUAAGAGUGUUAAAAUAAUAUGGAAGAGAGAUAAAAUAAUAUAGGACACUUCUAGAGUACACACCCCUAAAACGGAUAUAUUGGUGUGACCCCUUAAUAUUGCAGUAUAAUUCGUCGAAGUGUUAGGAUACACUGUAUUUUUGUGGGGUGUAGAACAUUAAAAUGAAAUUACUAUUUUCAGAUUUAUUAUUUUUUUUAGAAAAAAAAUGAAAAUGCUCAAAUCUAAGAGUCAUGGAAACUGUUUCAUUUCACUUAAUUAACUAAUCAACCUGAAUUUUAAAAAAUAAAAUAAAAGUGUAACUUUUUUCUUCUUCCUGAGAACUUUGAAGUAAGAACACCAUUGUUCCUACGUCCACCCAUCGAUUCUAAGCUAUCUCUCGUUUCCCUCUUUUUACAUUUUUCAUAUGUGGGGCUUUUUUUUAGUGCUCUUUGGGCAAUAUUUUGGAUUUUGAGCCCAACAAUUUUUUUUGUUAGGGAUUUGAAGAAUAUGUCUUGAUUCCCUUGUUAAUCUUUUGCUUUUGCUAUACUUGAAGUAUUCAAUCAAAUAAUACACAUACAUGUUUAUAUUGUGUUUACGCGUAGUAAUUUUUCGAUAGCAUGUUUUCAAUCAAAUUAGAUUUUUUGCUGUUAAAAAGAAAUUGGAGUAUUUAAAUUGAUGGAUGCCCAAAACCGGGUUUUUAAGAUGGAGGGUCAAUCAUUGGAGAGUUCUCGGAGGAGUAAAUUGUUUAAUGUGGGAUUGAAGAGGUGUUGAGACGAGAUUGAGGACGGUUACUUCGUAGACAGGUGUACCAAUAAUAAGAAACCUUAUGAGUCACAUUGGUGCACCCUCUUUUUAAUAGCAGAUAAUCUAAUACAACAUGGACCACAUAGGACUAGGCCCACAGAAACAAUAAUAGCCAAUAACAACAAAGGAUUUUGGACGUACCCGUACUUUCAAUUUUGGGGUGUUUAUUGUAGAAUUUUCCAAUAAUAUAUUAUCUUAAUAGAUAAUGUGUAAAUUUUUAGUAUGGAUGUUAUCACAGGAGUCGGAGGUGUUCUAAACAAUCACAAUGUGACAUGUCUAAAGGCGCUAGACACCACUAGUGGCCAAUGCUCGGAGUUCUAUAUAUGAGGUGGUUUAUUUUCAUUAGUUCGAUGUGAAGCUUAUCAUGUAGUCCGCCGUAGCAGAUUAGUGAUGAUACAAUACAAACUCUUUAUCUGAAAACUUUCUUUGUCUAUUUGUCGAAUAGUGACAAAAAUAAAUCAAACGCAUCUACAGGAGAGAGAGAGAGAGAGAGAGAGAGAGAGAGUUGAAGUUCACCAAGAGCCAAUUCAGAAAAUUUUAUGAUUCUACCCCCAAAGCCUACAGGUUUGUAAUCCUUGGAUAAAUUUUUGGUGAAUUUUUUUUGUCCUUUUUUGCAAAAAAUUCAAGCAAAUCCUUGAGUUAUUGAGCUUGGAUCUGAGAAAAAGAUUAGGGUUUUGUUGUUUCUUUCAUCCCAUUGGGUAUGGAUUUCUUGUUCCUGUGAAUCACGGUUGGGAGUAAGGUUAUUUGAUUUGUGGGGGUGCAUGGGGGACAUGUAUUUGAGUUGAGCAUUGGUAAAUGGUAAUUAGCUCAAGGUAGGAACUGGGUCAUUAGGAUUUUUCUUGUUUGUAGGAAAUUGAUCAAAAUGGGUGAUAUUGGAGAAUCUUCUGAAUUUGGGUCUGGAGUGAAUACGAGAAAUGGGUUUUGUCAUGAAGAAGUGAGAUGUCCGAAGCAAAUUUCCCCUGUUAGAGGUGGUGGGUCGAGGAAUACGAGUCCAUUAGGUCGUGUCGGAUCGAGAAACACUAGUCCAUCUAGGCAGAAGGUGAUCAAGACAAAGCCUCGAGGAUUGGAUGAGGAAACGGCUGCCACAUUUGCUAAAGCAGUUCACCCGGAUGUUCAGAUGGAAGAUAAUAUCUGGGCAAUGUUGCCUGAGGAUUUGCUGAAUGAGAUUUUAGCUAGGGUUCCUCCAUUUAUGAUAUUUCGGCUUCGUUGUGUUUGUAGAAGGUGGAAUUUAAUCCUUCAAGAUAGUAGCUUUCUCAAAUUCCAUUCCCAAGCGCCUUCUCACGGGCCUUGUCUUCUUACAUUCUGGAAGAAUUCACAGACUCCGCAAUGUUCGGUAUUCAGCUUGCCAUUAAAGACAUGGUAUAGGAUUCCUUUCACAUUUUUGCCUCAAUGGGCAUUCUGGUUAGUUGGUUCUUCUGGUGGUCUUAUUUGCUUUUCUGGGCUAGAUGGGCUAACUUUCAGAACUUUAGUUUGUAAUCCACUUACACAAACGUGGAGGGCUCUACCAACUAUGCAUUACAACCAGCAAAGACAGCUGAUCAUGGUUGUUGAUCGAAAACAACGGUCAUUCAAAGUUAUAGCAACAAGUGAUAUUUACGGUGACAAAUCAUUACCCACCGAAGUGUAUGAUUCUAGGCUGAAUAGUUGGUUCCUUCACCAGAUAAUGCCAGCAGUUAAUCUUUGCUCCUCGAAGAUGGCCUAUUGUGAUUCCAGAUUGUAUUUAGAAACCCUUUCUCCACUAGGAUUGAUGAUGUAUAAACUGGACACUGGAUAUUGGGAACACAUUCCUGCUAAAUUCCCACGAUCUCUACUGGAUGGGUACUUGGUUGCUGGCACACAGAAGCGUCUGUUUUUAGUUGGACGCAUUGGUCUCUAUAGUACUCUUCAAAGUAUGAGAAUUUGGGAAUUGGAUCAUGCAAAAGUUAUGUGGGUGGAGAUUAGUAGGAUGCCACCGAAGUAUUUUCGAGCACUGUUGAGAUUAUCGGCGGAGAGAUUUGAGUGCUUUGGACAGGAUAACUUAAUCUGCUUUACAUCUUGGAAUCAAGGGAAGGGCUUAUUGUAUGAUGUUGAUAAAAAGUCUUGGUCUUGGAUAGGUGGAUGUGCUCUGCAGUCUUACAACAGCCAGGUUUGCUUUUACGAACCAAGAUUUGAUGCUUCCAUCUGUUAAUUAAUAUUUAAUGGCCACAGAACUAUAAGAAGAUAUCAUUUUCACCUGGCAUAUUUUUGUUUUUGUCUCAAACUUUCUUUCCCCAGUUCUACACAUUGACAUCUAAGUCUUCUUCAUAUUGAAUUUGUUAGCUAACAAUUCAGAUUCUUUUUCACUGUGAAUCUGUUACAUGGGUGUAUCCGAGUUAGACCUUUUUUGUUAGCUAAAUUUAUUUUCAUUUACAAUUGGUGGUGCAUCAACUUUGUACCAGGGCUGUGCCAGGAAUAUGACAAGCAAUGUAUUGAGUUGAGUUGAGUUGAGACCAAAUUUGGGUCCUUUGGGCUUGUGUAAUAAUUUAAAUUUAAGAAGGCUCUUUUUUUGAACUGUUGUACAAUGUGCACAUUAAUUUGUAUAUCAUAAAGUUUUACUUUUAUCA